GUUUUCUCUUUGGCCGAUCUGAAGUUCUGAGGCCUGAAUUAUCAUGGAGCUUAGAACAGUCGUGAUUUUAGCGGUCAUCGCCGGUACCUUCGCAGGUCCGCUGCGAUCAGGAACAGAGAAAUGCGCAAGAGAAUGCACCGAGCGUAACAAUCUCAGGUAUGUGCAAGACAGGACAUACAAGUACAAAUACAAUUCCGUGACGUCAAGCUACAUCAAUGGCACUACUCCAGACAAGUCUGGUCUUAGAGUCAGCUGUGAUGUUGAAAUUGAUGUUCUCAACAAAUGUGAACUGAGUCUAAAUCUUAAAAAUGUUAGACUUGACCAGGACUCUCCAAGCAAUGAAAUGCUUCAUCGUGAGAAAGUGGAACAUUUUAGAGACACUCUUGAAGAGCGCCCUCUCAUGUUCUCUUUCCAAGAUGGUGAGAUCCCAGAGUUGUGCUCGGAUGUGGAAGAGCCAACAUGGUCCUUGAACAUCAAGCGUGCUAUUCUGUCACACUUCCAAGCAUCUUACUUGAAAGAAGAAAAGGAGUCUGCUUUUGAGACUGAUGUGACUGGUUCAUGCCCAACUAAAUAUGAGGCAGAACACGAUUACUACGGUAAGCUGACCAUCCAGAAGACCAAGGACUUCAUGGGAUGUAGUGAACGUCAUUAUAUUGAAUCUUCCAUCCAGAGUGACAUUUAUGAUCCACGUGCUCCCACCGAGUCUCUCAUCAAUAGUGGUCAGUCAUGCACACAAGAAAUUCAGGAUGAUCUUGUCAAGCGUGUCGUUUGCAAAGAAAGACAUAUCAGCCGUCCAUUUGCCAACCAUACCAGUGGUGCUAUCACUAAAGUUAGAACUUCCCUGGAGUUUGUUGAUGUAUCUUACAGGAGUGGUUCCUCAUACAAACUGGAAAGACAGGUGCGUGAAAAGAAGACUCUUGUUUUUGAGCACAAACCUAAACCACACACUGAUGACAUUGAUCAGAGCCAAGUAAGAGAUGUCUUGACUGAAAUCUGCCAGAAAGUUGAUAGAGACACCCGCCCAGAAGUUGCUGAGCUUUUUACCAAGCUUGUCUUCAGAAUGCGUAAACUGAACUUCAAUGGCCUGCGCAAUGUCCACAAUGACAUCAAAGACAGAAAAAUAUGUCCAAGGAAUCAAAAAAAGAUUGAAAAAUUUUUCAUGGAUGCCAUUCCAAUGAUGAGUACCACCGGUGCUGUAAGCUUUAUGAAGGAGAAGAUCCGCUCCGAGGAGGUUAAAGACAUUGAUGCCGAUAUGUGGAUGACUUCACUUUCAUUCAUUUCUCAUCCAACAAAAGAAAUGAUCGGUGAAAUUAAAGAAUUGGUUCAGUACAGCAAAGCUCGCCGUAGCACCUACCUAUCUCUGUCUACAUUGAUUCACAAAUACUGCAAGACUGAGAACAGAGAGUGUAUUAGAGAAAGUGAAGUUGUUGAGGCUCUGAGACUGUUUGAAAACAACUUGGGAUACAAGUGUUCUCCAAGUGAUGAAGAUGAACAUAACAAGAUCAUCCUGUCUCUGAAAGCACUUGCAAACAGUGGCAAAAUCAGCAGUGCCACUAACACCUUGACACGCUGCUUCCAGGAAGAAGAAAACCCAAUUGAGAUUCGUCUCGCUGCUGUUGAGGCUUUCCGUCGCAUGCCAUGUGAGAAGAAAGGUCGUGAAGAGCUGAUCAAAACUUUCGAGAAGACAGAAGUUGACACUGAAGUACGCAUUGCUACCUACCUUUCCAUUGUCAAAUGCCCAACUCCAGAACUGUUCGAAAGAAUCUAUAAUGUUCUUGAGAAGGAAGACAGCAACCAGGUUGGAUCCUUUGUAUGGAGCCAUCUGACAAACCUGAAUGAAACUGAUGACCCAAUGAAACAAGAACUCCGCAAGAUGGUCAGAGAUACAAAACUCAUGAAGCAUUUCAAUAAGGAUCCAAGGAAGUUCUCACGCGCUUUAGAGGGAACUCUCUUUUCUGAAAAACUGAAUGUUGGAGGUACCAUUGAGAGCCACGUUGUCUUCUCACCAAAAUCUUACGUUCCACGUUCCGGUAUGCUGAACAUGACCACUGAUCUUUUUGGAUAUUCCAUCAAUCUGUUUGAGUUUGGUGGCCGUGUUGAAGGUCUUGAUUAUCUUCUGGAGAAAUUCUUUGGACCCAAUGGUUACUUCCCAGAUAACAGCCUGUUGGAUAUGGUUAAACCAGCAAAGGAGAAUCGCGUUGUUAAGCGUUCUGCCAUCAAACCAAGCAAACUAGACAACCUGAAUGAUAGAUUUAAUGCUAAACGCGAGGAUCAACCAAAGGGAAGUAUGUAUCUGAAAAUGUUCGGCAAUGAAAUGUCCUUCAUUGACUUCCAAGAUAUCGACUGGAUGCAACCAGAGAAAGAAUCCAUCAAUCUGUUAGAGCUUCUCAUCAAGUUGUCCAAUGAACAAACCAGAGAAUUCACUAAGAAUAUGAUCCUUAUGGAGAGUUCUUUUGUCACUCCAACUAUUUGUGGAUUCCCCUUGAGUAUAGCUGUCAACAGCACUGCCUCCGUCAAUCUGAAACUCAGUGGUAAGGUCGAUCUCCGUAAAAUUGCAGUGGCGCCAAGAAGUCUGAAUGUCACUGGUAUGAUCCGCCCAAGUGGAGUAAUUGAAGUCAGCAGCGAAAUGAGCAUCAACGCUUUUGUUGCACGUACUGGUCUGAGAAUGCGCACUCGCAUGCACUCUUCCACCGUCUUAGAUGGCAGCAUUUCAUUGGAUAGCGGUGAAAGUUUCAAGGUCAAGUUUAAUGUUCCUGACAACCGUAUUGAUAUCAUUGAUGUUAGCAACACCUUGUACUUACUGAACAGUGAGUACCCAAUGGAACUGUCAGGUAUCAGAGAAAACUACCGUGAACAUAACAAAUGCUCUGGACAGAUUGUAGAGAAAUGGGCUGGUGUCAAAUUGUGUGGUGAACUGAGAUACCCAAAUGCUUCUCACAAGGUUGAAGCUCCAUUCUUCCCACUGACUGGACCAUUCGGUGCUAAAGUCACUCUUGAGAAGGUCGACAGAACCCUGAUGUCUUACGAGAUGGAAGCCAAAUAUCAAGUACAGAAGAAACGUGUCAACUUCAAGACUGAAGUAAGUGAUAUUAUUCGCUUCAUGAUUGGUACCCCAGGAACUCGCAUCCCACGCACUCACUCUGUAGAUGUUGUGUUGAACCGUGCACAAAAGGCUGUCAACAUUGAUCUGGUGUCUCUCAGUAAGAAGUUAACCUUCCAAAGCAAGAUUGUCAAUGAGACCGACUUGAAGAGAGUUGAACUAAAACUCAACUACAAUGACGAGAAAGAAUACACCACUAAUGCCGAGAUCUCAAUUGAUAGAGACUCUGAGCAGACACGCUACAUGCCAAGCAUCGAGAUCCGUAUACCCUCCAGAAACGACGUCACUUUAACUGGCUCCAUUACCCAUAAUAAGGGACGUAGUCUAGAAGCUGAUCUGACUGUGGAUGGAUUUGGUAAGAAGACGUACAUUCAAAGUAAAGUCUCCAACGAGACAAACCUGAAGAGAGUUGAAAUGAACAUCAAUUACAACAAUGAGAAACAGCUGUUCACCAAUGCUGAGGUUUCUAUUGAGAAGUACUAUGACGAGAUCCGCUACAGACCAUCUGUACAGAUUCGCCUCCCAAAAAUGAAAGAGAUAACUCUGACUGGCACCGUCACUCACCAGAAGGGUCGCAGCAUAGACAUUGACGUAACUGCAGAAGGUAUGGAGAAGAAGAUUACUCUGAAAAACAAGUUUGUCAACGAAGAUGAUCUGAAGAGAGUGGAGUUCAAUGUCAACUAUGACAAAAAAGAAUACAUUACAAACGCCGAAGUCAAAAUUGAUAAAAUUGACAAUCGUCUCAUUUUGAAACCUACCGUUGAGAUCAUCUGUCCAGAGCUGAAGGACAUAAAACUAACUGGUACCAUCGAUCACCAGAAGGACCUUAGAUUAGACAUUGAUGCAAACAUCGAAGGUAUGGGCAAGUCAGUCAAUCUGAAGAACAAAUUGACCUAUGAAAAGAGUUUGAAGAAACUUGAAUUGGAUCUCAACUAUAACAACGAAAAACGCUACAGCACUGAAGCCGAAAUUAGCUUCGAAGAACAACGAGAUCAACUACGUAUGAGACCAUCUGUAGUGGUUCGCCUCCCAGAAAGUAAAGAAAUUACUCUGAGUGGUACCAUCACCCACCAAAAACAACGCAGCUUGGAUAUGGAUCUGACCGCAGUUGGUUUCGGUAAAAGAAUUACUCUGCAGAACACACUUCUCAACCGAGAGUCCUCAAAGAAGUUUGAACUAGAUUUCAACUAUAAUAACGAGAAACGUGUCACCGGCAAUGCUGAAGUUGGUAUUGAAAAGGAGGAAAACUACCUUAAAUUAACUCCAGAUUUCUCAGUCCAGAUCACAGACUUUAAGAAGAUGACCCUGAGCGGUACAAUCGCUCAUCAAAAGCUCAAGAGCUUUGUUGUUGAUAUGUCCAUGGAAGCUCUUGAUAAGACCGCCUCUCUUCACCAUAAGAUUCUUAAUGAGGAUGCUCUGAAGAGAGCAGAAUUCACUCUCAACUAUAACAAUGAGAAGGAAUUUGUCACCAAUGCUGAAGUGGCCAUUGAUAGCACCAGAUAUGAAACCAGGUACCAGCCAACCGUUGAGAUCCGCGUACCCAUGAUGAAAUAUACCACCUUGAGAGGAACCGUCACACACCAACCAGAACAGAUGGUAGAUGUGGAUAUGAGUUUCGAAAGAACUGAUGAACCUAAGAUCACUUUGGUUGGUCGCACAUCAUUAUCUAAAGAAGAUGACAAGAAAAAGAUCACUACUGAUGCAACAUUCAGCCAUCCCAAGAUUAAUCUUGAAAUGAGCCAUGUCUUUAAGUAUAACUCUCGUUACAACUCAAACGAUUUUGAAUUGAGAUAUACCCCUAGAAGUGAGAGAACUGAAACUCUGGUCUGGUCUAGUAUCUUCCGUGACAGAACUGAUGAGCAAGUGAACCAUUAUGAGUACACCACAAGUAUGUCCAUGUCUCAAUAUCCAAAUAACAACUACGAAGGUGAAGCAAUCAUCAAGGGAGCUCAACGCAAACUUGGAAGCUUGGAUUUGACUUGGUGCUAUGGUCCCAGAACCUGCAAUGAUGAAUCUAAAACGAUCACUUUGAACUUUGAAAUGAAGAAUGAAAGCAAUGUUUAUGUAACCAAAGGCGAUUUGAAUGCAGAACUUAAACAUCCAGCUUACGACUUUGACGUCAAAAUUACCCAGAAACAUGAACAUACCAAACAGUACUUGGAGUCUGAAUUCAAUGUUGAAUACAGACAAGAAAAGAAGUUGGGCAUGCUCCUUGAAUUGAGAGAUGAGUCCAGUUCACUGAAGAAGAAGAACGGCAAAUUUGAAGUGACUAUCCCAUCCCGUAAAGUAUCUUUGCGCCACGAGUACGAGGAGGUGAGACCACUCAACCAUGUCUGCUUGACUACAUUUGAAUGGGAACAAAACAAGAGAGUUACUCUCCGAGGUGAAUACAACAACAACUCAAACAGCAACGAGUUGAAGCAUGACAGUAGAAUUACGCUCAGUUAUCCAGGACGUGAUAUUAUUCUCGAAGGCAAUGUGAACAAGAACAGUCGCCACGCCGAUGCCAAAACAAGCUUUACCUAUGCCCCCAAUAGAGUCAUCACAUUUGAAACAGAAUACAACAACCAAGGCAAUAACAGAAAGUCCCAGCAUGAAGGAAUCGUUAAGUUCAACACACCAUUCCGUCUCUUCCGUGACAUGCAGCUGACUGUGAACCUUGAAAACACCACCAAGCUGUAUCAGAGUGAAGUUACUGUCCAAUAUUCCACAGAGAAAUCUUUCACAGUUGAAAGCCGUUAUGAAGAUGCCGGUGAAGAGAGAAAUGCUCGUCAUGAAGUGGAGUUUAACUUCCGCCAUCCAAAACGCCAACUUCAUCUGUUUAGCUUUGUUCAGAGAAAAGACAGAGAAUAUUCUUUUGCGACUGAAUACAAAUACACACCACUGAUCGGAGAAAAGAAAGAGAUGACUGUCGCCUUAGGCUAUGGAAAUUACACCACCGAUGACAGCUUCCACCACGAGAUCUCCAUGGAUAUCACUACUCCAAGACGUACCAUCACAUCUGAAUUCACAGUGGAGAAGACCAAGCAAGAUUUAUCAUCCGAGAUGUCUUUCCAGUGGAACAAUGGUAAGAAGUUGAGAAUGAAUCUGAACCUUAACAACAAGAGCCAAAGGUAUCACACCGAGAUAGAAGGUACUUUCAGACUGGAGCACCCAAGUCGUCAGAUGUCUGUCUUUGUACAUCAUGAUAAUACAACCAGUCGCUACAACACCAGAUUUGAUCUGACAUGGGAGCCAACGAAGACCAUGCGAACUGAAGUAGUAUACGAGAAGACACCAGUUAAUGCUGACAAGAACCACCAUGAGAUCACUUUCACUAUCACUCACCCACAGAAGACUGUUGUUGUUUCCUUGAACGGUGAGAAAGGAAAACGCGACCUCAGCAGCAAGUUGGAAAUUAAGCUUGAUGGACAUAGCGAAUUCAGUGUUGAUGUUGACUAUGUCAACGGAACCAGUGAGCGUAGACUGCAACAUGAUGCCACCUUCCAUCUUAACUGUGACCGACAUCUGACCAGACCAGUAGACUACAAGUUCCACCUUGAACAUGCUGAAAAGAACUUCAACUUAGAAAGCAAGCUUUCGUACUCUUUGGAUAAGAAGAUUGAAAUGGAAAUUGUCCACACAAUCCCACGUUUAUCCGAGCAUCACUUCCGCCGUGAACUGAUCGUCAAAUUGGAAAGCCCCCUGAGAUCUGAACAUCCUCUGAAAUCUAUCACGAUUGAUGGUAAUUUGGAACGCAACAAUGACGAAUAUAGCGGUGAUGUUGAACUGCAAUGGGGACGUAAAGAACGAGACCAGCGAGUAUCCCUGGAAGGAAGUUGCAAACAUAUUACCAGCACUGAUGAAAAAGAAUUUGAUAUCACCCUGAAGCUGAAGCACCCAGUUGAACUACCUUUAAUCCCACGUGAGCCAGAAAUUACAUUGAACUUGUUCAGAUCGUCAGAAAAGAAACAAGGAAAGGUUACUUACAAAUGGGAUGAUAAGAAGGAAACUAGCUUUGAGACUGUCUAUCACAACUUCACUACUACUAUCAAGAAACAUCAUUUGAUUGACAUUAUCUUCAAGCAUCCAAAACUGGAAGAGGAUCUCCAUCUGACCACUGAAGCCAAAUUCAUGGAUGGUGCUGACAUCUUCAACAUUGCUACAUCUGUUGUAUACAGCCCAAAGAAGGAAAAGGAAAUCUAUUUCCUGACCAAACUUCAAAACAAAUCUUCUCUCAAAGAAAUGCGCUUUGCUCUGAUCACUGAGGCUCGUCAUCUGUACAACAACGUUGAUAUUGAAUUGAAUAAUGAGGUUUCCAAGUCUGAAGACAUCUAUGGUGCUUCCAUCAAUCUGGCUUACAAACAAGAGGACAAGUACAACAAUGUUAAACUCAACAGCCAAGUCAACAAGAAAGACAAGACUUUCAUUCUUGAGACUGAAAAUCCACUGAAGAACUUAAAAAUGGAAGGAAGAUUUGAAAACAGAUCUACUUCUGAGCAUUCCAUCUAUUUUAUGACAUUGAAAAAUACCAUUGAUAAGACCAAGGAAAUGAUUAAUACCAUUGAUAUCAAUACCAGAGAUCGUCUUUUUGAAAUUACCCUUCACCACAACCCAGAGAGAACCGAAGACUAUGCUCGUUUCACUGCCCAGUUCUUGAACAAAACUGCUAUUGAAGUGAGAGCUCACCGCAAGAUUAACGGUGAAAGAAUCACCGAUGGCCUGAUUUACACUCGCCUCAACACAUCCGAAUUGCUGCACACCCGUCUCUACUGGCGCCCAUCAAUGCCAUAUGAAAUCAAGGAGAGAGUCCAACGCAUGGCUGAGUCUGUAAAACGUACUGUGAAUGAAGAAAUCGUCCAAGUCUUGAAAGAGAAAUACUGGGACGUAUAUUUCAAGGUUAACGAUGAAGUGCGUAGAAUAACCUACGAGAAUCAAGAUAAUAUUGAAGAGGUGAAGCGACUGUAUAGUGAAAUUAACAGGAAACUCAAGGAGCUGUAUGAGGAGAACAAACCAGAAUACAGAGAAGAGUUUGAGAAGAUGCAGAAGACUGUCAAAGACAAGUACAACGAUAUCCUCUACAAAAUGGAACAAAAAUACGAGGAUUUCCGCAGGGAAUACGCAGAGGAGUUGAAAGAAACACUCAAGAAGACCUGGAGUGACAUCAAGGACAAUUCUGAGGAGUACUACUACGAUGAAAUUAGACCAGUGGUUGGGGAAGUGAAAGAGGCAUGGGAAGAUGUUUCCUACCUGGCUAAGAAAGACUUGGAAGACAUCAGGGAGUACUGGCAAGAACAGUUGGAUGAGUUGAAGGAAUACUUGGAUGAUGUGAAGAGAGAUCUGAUGGAGAGAUACUACAGUGAUGUUAAACCAAUGGUUGAGAAGAUGAGACGUCAAUACGAAGAAACCAAGAUGGACAUGAAAAUCAGAUACAUCGAAUAUAAACAGAAAUUGGGAGAUAAAUGGGACGAGCUUAGAGAAAAGAUUGAAAGAAAGUGGGAAGAUGUCAGACGUACACUCAAGGAGAAAUACGAGGGGCUGGACAGAACCAAGUUUUAUCAGAUUAAAGAUAAAUACAAUAGAAUGACUAUUCGUAUUGAAGAGCUCAAGCAGGAAGCCAGAGAGAUUUUUGAAGAGUACAAGAGAAGCGCAAAGGUGACCUACCAAUUAUAUAAACAGAAAUGGAACUACUAUAUUGAGGAUGCAAGAAACUCUAUCGAACGUCGCUGGGAAGAAAGCACCAUCAAGAGCUGGGUGGAUGAAUCCAAAGAAAAGUAUGACGAAAUCUACUACAGUGCCCUCAGAAAAAUUGAGGAGAUCAAGAGAAUGCCAGAAUAUGAAGAAAUUGUUUCUCUUCUGGAACUGAAGGAGGUGCCUUAUAUUGUUCUUGAGGAGGCUAAAUGGGCCGUGAAAUACUGGAAUGUUGAGGAGAAUAUCAAGAGAGCAAUGAAUGAAACCUUGACUAAAGGUCUGGGAAUGUUGACUGACAUCAAGCAGUACAGACAAAAAUACAUCAAGUUUGAGCCAGAGAAUGGUAACCUGUUUGUCACCAUCCCACUGCCAGUAGAAAUCCGUUCAUUCGAAACCUUGCCAGAAGAUUUAUCCGAUGCAGUCUCCUCUUGCUAUUUAUCUGGUCUGGGUGACAUUGACUUGUAUCAAUUUUUCUACACUUUCAAGCCAACUUUAGAUGUCUUCAACUGGAUCCCACCCUUCAAAACUCAUGCCAUGAUCGUUGGAAAACAACACUACAUGACUUUCGACAAGAAGUUCUAUGAAUAUGCUGGUGCUUGUAGCUACGUUUUAGCCCGUGAUUUCAUUGAUGGUAACUUCACCGUUAUUGUCAACUAUGACCGCGAUAGUCCAAAAGUAGUGAAGAAAUCCAUAACAGUCAUCACCCAAGGCAAGGAAAUUGAAAUCUUCCCAGACUUCUCUGUGAAUGUGGCAGAUACCCCAGUUGAGUUGCCAAUCCAACACAAGAACACAACCAUCACCCGUGAAGGAAGUACCGUCCGUGUACACAACGAACAUGGAGUCACUGUUGUAUGCAAUCUUCCCCGUGACUUCUGCACUGUGACCACCUCUGGAUGGUACUACGGAAAGACAGCAGGUCUUUUCGGAACCUACAACAACGAGAAAGUGGACGACUUCCUUACCUCUUACCGCAGUAUUACUGAUACCGCUGAAGAUCUGGCUCGUAGCUGGGAAGUCGGCAGGCAGUGCAGCAGCCACAGAAAUAGGGCCAGUAAAUGUGAGAACAUGAGUCGUAAUCCAAAGAAAGAACUGUGUGAGAAUCUGUUCAAGAACCUUACCUCUCCCCUGAGAUUGUGCUUCGGAAUUGUUAACCCAGAACCAUUUAUGGAAAUGUGCAUGAAUGACUUGUGCGACUCUAAGAACGUUGCUGAUAUUGAAUCUGUUCCAUGUACUUCUGCUGCUGCCUACAUCCACGAAUGCAAGAUGAACAAUGUGCCUGUCUACAUGCCAAAGAACUGCGUUAGCUGCGAGAAACCUCUUGGUGAUGUCUUCCACAAGAACGAAAAGAUUAAGCUGACUGAGGGUGAAAUGAAUGUACCCAAAUCUGCCGAUGUCGUUUUCGUAGUUGAAGAGAAAUCUUGCAACAAAGACAGCGCUGAAAAUCUUCACGAGUUGGUUCGUAAGAUUGAAGCUGAAUUUAAGAGCCAAGGUCUUCAAGACAACCGUUUUGGUUUAGUUGGUUAUGGCGGUGAUCACGUUCACUCCAAGGAACACUCUCACACCAUCGAUUCCAAGCUCUUCAAUAAGGGACGCAAGUUCAUCCUUGGAAGUGACAGUCUGGUCUUCUCCGAAAACUCCAAGAACAAUGAUACAUUCCUUGCUCUGCGUAAAGCUGCAAGUUAUCCAUUCCGUACCGGCGUUGCCAAGAGUAUCAUCCUCCUGACUUGCUCCGACUGUAGAUCAUCUGCCAUAUCUUACGAUGAGAUUUCUAGCAUACUCAAAAAACAAGGCAUCAGUCUCCACAUUUUGUCCGACAAUGGCUUCAGUAUCAAGAAAGCUAGCAUGACCGCUAUGGUUUACGGUUAUGACGUUAGAGCUGUUUUCAGCAGCAAGGACAUCAACAACCCAUAUGGCUCCAAGGAGUUCCGCGACUUCAUCCAUGGCGAUGAAAACCAGUGUACCAGAUUGGCACAGGAAACCAAUGGCACUGUCUUUGAUAGCAACAUGAUGAAAGAGAAAUCCUUCUCAGAUGUUUUCUGUCCACGUAUGGUGUUCACCAGCAAACCAUCUCCAUGCCAGAUCUGUGAAUGCGUUGUAGACGAACACGAUAUGGGUACCUCUGUAUGUCGUCCAUGUGAAGAACCAACACCAAUCAGAAUAACCAAUUUGGGACCAAGUGAAAGGGGACCAGCCUACCAGUACGUUGGACCAGUCAAGAAAUUGGACGGUAUCAUCAAGCAGCGUCUAUAAUUUCACUAUAAAUUAAAGAACAAUACUUGGGUUUAAUAUCAUCGCACAAUGUUAUACACACAAAUUGAAAAAAAAAAAAAUAGUUUUGAACUGAAAAAAAUUUACACUGAAACUUGUUUCAGGAAUUUAGUUUCUUCUGUUUAAUUGGAAAAGGGUAUUUUAGAGAACUUUUUUUAUUCCCCCUACCCCUAAACAUUAAAAAAAAAAAAAAUUAGUUUAGGAUUUCCUUGUACUUUCUAUUCUGACAAAAGUUCUAUUUCUACCUUUUGUUGAUAUUUGGGUGUUAUGAUUAAAAGCAAUGCAAUUAUGCAACAACUAUAGCAUUAUACUAACUGGAAUUUGUGUUGUCUUCUUUAGUCUUAUAAGCUUACAAGCAGGAUUUUUGAACACUGUGAAAGUCAUGUCUAAGUCUUACUAUUUAACUUAUAUAUUAGUUUACCUUAUGUUGGAAGAUCCAUACAAAAAAACAACAACUUGAUCUUACUUAUUUAUUGAAAUAACAAUAAAUAGAAUUCUGAAUGUAAAA